AUGAAGGGAAAAUGAAUGCCAAAGAGAAACACGACGAUAAUGAGCGACAAAAGACUGAGAAUUUUUACACACGUGUGUACGAUGAUGCUGUUGCCAAGAAGACUCCAAUUGACAACACAAUCAUUGAACAGACGUGUGAGGUGGGUGGGGGUCGCGUUGAGAGUUUAGCCCGAGUGUACAGCACUGGUGGAGAAGGCACUGCUUCUCACCAUGCUGCCUUCAAUGCCUCCCUUGCAGCUAUACACCAGCAGAGGCAGCGGGCUCACUCUCGCUACACUGCACUUGUGCACGACAUCCUUACUCACGAACCAGACCUCCAGGCUCAGGAGGAACGUCGCGAGGAGGGGGUGAGACUGCUGCGGCGCCAACAGGAAGAGGAAAGCAGCCAGGAAGAUGAAGUGCAGCGCCUUCAGAAGCUGAUUCAGACUGCACACAAGACCACAGCAGCCACCACAGCCAAAGUCACCACCUAUUCCACCUACAAGGAGUACGUGGAACGGAGUGUGUCAACAUUUGGCACAGAAGCAGUGACAGUUGAGGGCGUGUGUGGUCGAUUCCGCGACCUUUUGACGCUACGUCUUCAACUGCUACUGAGAGUGAACUACGCUCUCCACCAACUACACCAGGCACGCCGUCAGCUCCUUGUCUUCGUACAGAGUGAGAAGGAGCGCGAGGGUCAGGCACUACUGCAGUUGUAUAGAGAGCGAUCUUCAGGGUGGACCUCAUCUCGCAGUCUUGGUGAGAUGGAAGCACGUCUUACAGCUCUCCAAACUGCCUCCACACACACACAUACACACCUCACUCGUGUGCGCCUGGCCCUGGUCAACAUCUACAGUGUGGCAAGGGCCUACCAGCGCUCUCUGCCCCCUUUAGGACCCCGUGCUGCAACUUCCACUGUUUUAAAGCACCUCCACAACUUCCUACUAGACGCAAUGACUGUCACUGCUGCUGCCCACACAGCAGUCCAGCCAGCUUCCCUGAGACCCAACGCUACCAGUCUCAAUAAUCCAACAAGGAGAGACAACACCCCAACUAUAGUCAUGCAGAAGGAUAGUGCCAAAAAGGAUAGUACCUCCAGUAAAUCUGUCAAGGAAAGUGCCAGCAACAAACCAUCCAGAAACGAGGUGGAAAUCAAGGCCGGUGCAAGGGAUAGUCCUGACUGCAAGGGCUUGAGUAAGGAGAUGACCGUCCACAAGCUAACCAAGAUGGAAAGCAAAAUGGCCAUUCUGAAAGAUAGUACCACAGGUACUCCAGCAUGAACACUACUGAAGGAGAGAGCCUAAAUUCCCAGUACAUACAUUAGGUCCUGUGCACAGAAUAGACUGAAAAUUUGAAUAAAAUACCAAGUACAGAGCAAAUAUACAAUUUAUUCAAUGCUCUGCUGUUCAAAAUUAUUGAAGAAUAGAUCUAGUGCACAUGUUAGUAUAAUAGCACUAUCCGGUAGUGAACCAUUGGAACAGAACAAUGUGUCUGAGAAACAACAAUUGUCACCUAAAUUAAUUAUAACCAAUUAACAACAUCUUACCUUGCAAAGUUUGCAGAAUCUAGCUUUAACUCCAGGGGCUGUUUGGUCUAAUUGUCGGUAGUCUAAUGCUGUGACUCCCAACUCCUUUGUUUCCAUUUAUACCUGCUCAUAAAUCAAUGCAUAGAGAUAGCCUCAGUACAGCAUAUGUACAACUUAUUCAAUAACAGAUCACAAUGAUGCAAAAUAUUGAAGCAACAUUUUCCUGUUUUACUGCAUGGGGAUAUGACUCCCAUUGUCAGGGUGCCUGUACUUGGGGUUAUCAAGGUCUCCCUAAGCCAAUUCCUAUUCUUCCUCAGGAUACAACCACAACUGCCUAACUCCUUUAUUACUAGGUGAACAAUUGUAUUAGGUGAAAGAAAACACUGCUCAAGCGCUUCUCUCCUGCAGGAAUUGAACCCGGUACCUUCAGAACCCUAUCCAUGACAAGACAAGCUGUAAGGUUUGAUGACAUACGACCAGUUGCAAAUCCUUUUCAUGAAGUAAGAGUAGCCGAGAGUAAAAUUUAAUCUCUCAACAUCAAUGUGCAGACUUGAACUGAAUUUAACUCUGUGUUGACAUACACAGUGUGGUCCAAACUCUAAUUUGUCCAAUAUCAUCUGUGCAGUUUAGCAUACCACAUUAAUUAUCUCUAAUGUGCCUGCUACAUAUCACUAUAAUCACUAAUGACACAAACACAUUCACUAACCAUUAAUGACAUAAGGGUCCCGGUAGUACAGUCGGGUUCAUUCUCGAUGCACAAUCAAGAAUUCCGGGUUCGAAUCCCAAGUGGGACAGAAAUGGUUGGGUGCAUUUCCUACCACCAAAUGCACCUG